GCGUUGGCGAGGGACGUAGGCUGUGACGUCAUCGCGCCCUGACGUCAGGCUGAUGCACAGCCGUCUCCAGGGAGACCGGGAAAGCUGUUUCGUACCCCGCGGAAUCGAAGUCUAGAUUAUUUUACUUCAGCACUCCUUCAGUGUAUUUUGGGAAAUUAUGGAUCGUCACGUGCCCAUGCAUGCAUUACCUGAAGAAAUACAAAAGAUGUCCCCUGAAGAAAAGGUUUGUAAGUACUGUGGAGUCAGCUAUCUAAUUCUUCAUGAGUUUAAGACUAUGGAAGAAAAAGUGAAAGUGAUGGAAAAAGAGAUGAAAUUUUAUCAAGGAAGUGUAGAACGUGAAAAGAGACUUGAAGAAAAGCUACAGUCUCUUAGCCAAGAUUUCGAACAGUACAAAACUGACAAUGAAUCCAAAACAGAAAGAAUUCGAGAUGCAAGCAUGCAGUUAAAAAGUCAACAAAAUGAAUUUCAGAGAGUGCAGAAAGAAUUAAGUCAUUUGCAGCAGGAGUUAAAAAUUAAACAGAGACAAUCACAAAUCUUCAGUCAGAGACUGACAGAGUACAAAUAUUUCUGGAAUAAGACUCUUUCAUUACUUACUUUUACUAAAAGGGAGCUAAAAAGAAUUAAAAAUGAAGUGUAUGAUAAUUUUCAAAACUGGACUUCACUGAAAGGAGAAGUUUUUCUACAAAUUAAAUCCAUAACUGAAACAGCCUUGACAGAAAUAAAGAUACUAAAUAAAAGUUUGACAGUAUCCCAGAGAAAUAAUGUAUGCCUUGAAGAGGAAAUGAAAAAUCUGAAAUUGUUGUCAGAUGCAGCCAUACUGAGGUCUCAGCAAAUUCAGAUAUCCAAACAGCAGGAAGUAAACUUGCAAACCAGAUGCCAUGACUUGCAAGAAGAAGUACUAGAUUUACAGUGUCAAGUAGAAGCACUUGGACUAAAACUUCAGAAGGCAGUGACUGAGAUGGACAGCUAUAAAGAAAAGUUCACGAGUAAAUCUCUUGAAGCCGAUGAGUGUCAAAGAGAACUUAAAAAACUGAAGUUUGAAUCCAUUAUUUCUGAUUCACGACACACCAGAUUGCUUAAAGAAAAAGAAGAAUCUUUAAUGACUUGUCAACAAAUAUAUAAAACUUUACAGGAAGAACUGACUGCAAAAGAAAGACAAGAAGAAGACUUUAAAAGAAGAAUUAAUCUUGCAGAUAAUGAACUAGGGAUAACCAAAACUCUUCUGAAUCAGACAAGGGAAGAGGUUGCAACACUGAAAAAUGAAAGGGCAUCAAUGCUGAUUUCACAUCAGAAAAACAUCGAGCAGCUGCAGGAAACCCUGAGACAGAAGCUGCUGAGUUAUGAUAACUGGAGGGAGAAGAUUGAAGCUGAAUUUGCCAAGGAAAGAGCCCAACAUUUAGCUGAAUUUCAGGAGCAAGCUCUUCUCUUUAAGGAAGAAGCUAAACUAGAGCUUAAUACUGAAAAGGAAAAACACCAAAAAAUAAUCCAAAAAUAUAAGAAAGAACAAGAAGAGUUACAAAUGAAGAUAUCUGACUUAAUCGAAGGCGCUACUAGAGAGUUAAGGCUGAAAGUAGCCGCUCUUGAAGAAAAACUCCAUGAAUCCCAUGUUAAGUAUAGCAAAGAAUCUGAGUCAAAGGAGAAAGAAAUUGAAAACCUUAAAAAUUUGGUUGCAGAAUUUGAAUCACGCUUGAAGAAGGAAAUUGACAGUAAUGAUUCUGUUUCAGAGGACUUGAGGAAGGAAAUGAAACAGAAGUCAGAUGUACUGGAAAGAGUAAUGCUGGCACAAACACAACUGAUACAGCAAUUCAACCAGUCCCAGGAAGAGAACACUUUUCUUCAGGAAACAGUGCGUAGAGAGUGUGAAGAACGCUUUGAACUGACGGAAGCUUUGAGUCAAGCCAGAGAACAGCUCCUGGAGCUCAAGAAGCUGGGCACACGGUUACCGCUGUCAACGUGCUCCCUCAGCCAGGGCAGCCUAACCUCCUCUGCUGUGGCCAGCAGCAGUCAGGGAGAGAGAAGGCCUGCAAGACUGAACUCAGAAAAGGGAAUCAAAAUCCCCAGCCUGCACGCAGUGUCAAAACCCACCGCUUCCCCAGCCUCAGCUCAGCCCAUCAGGGUCAGCAGCUCAGGUCUACCCACACUCCCCCAGCCACACCCUCCCCGGGGUGGACCAUCUUCAAUUAGCGAGACCAGGCAGAGACUGGCUGCCAUCCUGCAGAGGAGACUGAGUCAGCAGUGACAGAUCCAAAGUGAGGAGCAGGCUGCCUGUCUUUCCCAGAGUGCCAGAGACACACUGUAACUAAGGGUGCCAGAGAUCAAAUUAUUAUCCAGAUUAAGGAUGCAUAUUUACAAAUAUUUUUAACAAAACAAUUGGAAAAGCUAGAAAAUUGUGAAGCAACAUUUUCCAAGAGGGCUGUGAAACUGCAACACAUGAUGAAACUGUUGGUAUUCCAGAGGGCCCAUUUCUAUAUUUAUGGAUUGUGUGUUUAGGUGUACUCUAUGAAUAUGCCCUUUUAGAGAUGAUAGGGAAAGAAAUUUCACCCAUAGCAUCUUUUUUUAUUUUUUGCACCAUUACAAGCACAUAUAUUUACAACAACAACAACCAAAAAUAGACCAUAUUGGUUUUGUUGAUGUUUGUUCAUUUGUUUGUUGAGCUGAAUAGGUUAAAUAGAUGUAAUUAGUAUUCCAAAUAGAAAGCGAAAGUAUUUUAGUCCCUAAUUUGAUAAUUUUCAGAAUGCUUAUUAGUUCAAAUAUUCACAGAGUUCAUCAUUAUCAUCAAAAGUUUAUCUUUUUCACCUCACAAUCUAAUUGGUUAAUCUAAUUUCUUUUUAAGCUAGGUCAGAAGUAAUGAUAGGUUACCCUCAGAAAGACAGUCCAGGGACCCUCUAGAAAAAGGGACAGCAACUCCAAUUCAAGGUAAAGGUGAUUUAUUCCUCAAACUAUAGAGACUAUUUUAGAAAACAAAGAGCUUAGCCAUGAAAAUAUUACUUGGUAGAAAUUUUUUUGAAUGCUUUUUGAUACUCCAGGUCAGGUUUUGGUUUGAACUGGUAUUCUGGAGCCAUUUUGUAGAGGACUAAUUCAAGACAGUUUAGUAGAGGCACAUAGUGCUAAUUUGGUAUUCAAAUUUUAUUACCUCUGAAAAUGCACAUCUGGUUAACAUAUUUUCUAUUUUCAGAGUGAAAAAUUAAAACCAGAAACCAGGCCAGCUCUUUUAUUUAAAGCUUUGGGCUCUUCCUGUUUCUUAAAACACCACUCUUUACCUUACGCUAGUGAUUGUCUAUCCUUUCCUCCAUCUAAUAGAAGUGUUAUUUUUCUUCCAUGACUGACUUUAUUCAAAUCCUUCACUGGCUGCAUCAUGGACAUCCAGGCUUCUUACUCCGGAUUAGAAUAAUACUAACACAUGUGAAAUACGGCACAUAAAAUUCUCUGCUAUUUGGCUGCCAUUUUGAUGAGAAAAUCUAAAGGUACUUGGAAUCCCUCCCAUGUGCAAAGGAAGUAAAGUUACUAAACAAAAUCAAGUUUAUCUCCAAUCUUUCAAAAGACUGAUCUAAUCUACCAAUAGGGUGGUUUUAACCCCCCAAAAUUCAGCUAAUUUCCCUAACCAGUUUAAGUGUGCAUAUCUUGUGGAAAGGCUUAGAAUGCUUACUUUUGUUUUACAGAGAUUGGCGGAUCUUAUAAUGGCAUUUGACAAGAGAACAUAAAGUCAUAUAAUGGUGGUGCUAGAGUGGACUU